UUCACUAAUCAUUAAAUACUAAACCCGCCUUUUCUUGAUUCUUUGACCGUCAACCAAUACAGAUCGGUUUAGACUGUUGCUAUGACGCUUAUUUGGUUUUCAUAAGCGAGCUGAGUGCAUACAAAUCGCGAUCAAAGUACCGGAAGUACUUUACGACGGUGAAAGUCAUUGGCGAAAGUAUUUCGAUUUUGCACUCAGUGUGAGUGCUGACUCAACGACUUGGACGCUGUGCUCUGUCGUUGGCCCCCGUUAUUGCCGGAGGAAACGGCGGGGAAGGCGAGUCUUAUCAAGACCUCACAGGACAAGGUCUCGACCUUAGCUCUUAGACUCGGUACGGAACGCCUAAGAGGCCUUCCGGCUAUCUGCAAAGGUACACACCAUGGGACCUGGGCCCCUGUCAACAGUGCCUCCCUAUGUCCUCGAUGUCCCAGCAAGAUCCUGCCACCCGGUCCCAAUACAUUGGGGACGGUUUUCAAGGUCAUAGAGGACAACCUAGUCGGUCUAAUCCCGCGCAUAAUAGCUUGUUGUCAGAUCCCCUCUCAACAACGCCUAUAUAUCCAUUUUCCUCCAACAUUUAUCGCCCCGUUGGCCAAUCUGGAGUAAUAGAACCUAUUAAUAGUGUAAAUGAAGGACCUGGUUUGUCCACUGGAACCUCACUGGCUCAACACACUUAUUGGGGUGGUGGAGUCCAAUCGGUUUCUCAGCCAGAGCACACCGUUUUCCAAUUUACUGCUAGUGGAACACCAGCAGCAUCGCUGCCAGAAGCACCGCCAAUGAGGUACCUUCAUACCGACUUACCUGUGCUCAAUGUUGAGCAGUAUGAGGAGGGGCGUUAUUCAAAGCAGCCUUCUAAAGGUAACCCAAAGCCAAAUAUUCCGGCUGACCACGCCGAAAACGUUCCAAAUCCGAGGAAGAGAGGAAGGAAACCAGCAAAACAUGAUCACCAAAGGGAAGCAAAUGAGGAAACCAAGAGAACUAGAGGUCGCCCACGUCUUGAGACAAAAGACCAAACUCCUACCGAGCGCCGACGAACUCAAAUCCGACUCGCACAGAGAGCAUAUCGUAACCGGAAGGAGAAUGCCAUCACAGAUCUCCAGGCAAGAAUCGACGGAUUGAAAGACGUGAACAACGAGAUCAAUAGUGCAUAUCAAAAUCUUUUCGACUAUGCUUCGCAACGCGGGCUUUUGGCUCAGGCUCCCGAAUUUGGACAACAACUUCAAAGGCUCCAAUCGCUUGUUAAGCAAACCCAAGAAGAGGAUAUUCCUAGGCUUAGUGAUCAAGAUAGCCCGGAAGGGAACUCUGAUGAUAAUGUUCGCGAUACACGUGAGACUGAAGACAUAGCUGCCUUGAACGAAGAGAUCGUCCCUAUCACGGCGCCUACUACGCUUCCUACUACAUUGCCCGAGGGCCGGCCAGUUAAUCUUUGGGGUGGGUUUCAGGUAUCGCAUGAACCUGUGAUCCAACAGGAGGCAUUGGCUAGUACGUCUAAUUUAGAUCCUGCAUUGAUGUCCUCUCAACUGCACCAACAUCAGUAUGAGAUUGUCACGACACCAACUCCUGACAAUGCUAGCUUUGGAACAAACCUUUCGGUCGAUAUGAAUUUCGCAAACCCGGCAUAUACGAAUUGGGCGCAACAUCCAUAUAAUCGGCUUACUGGUCCUCGAACGAUGUCUUUUCACGAAUGGGCAUUUGCUCGGAGACUCCAUAGACACGCUGUCGAAAGGGCAUCGGCCCUGAUCAACAUGCCCAACCCACCCCCAACAAUCCUGUCACGGGUUUUCGGCUUUGUCAUGUUGUUUGAAACUGUUGAUGAGAUUAGAGCACGAACAACGGCAACCCUCAAUCGGAUUAGGCAUCAACCGCUAAAUUACUGGGAGCAUCCUUUCCAUCGGCUUGGCGGCUCUGGUACUCAUUUCUCAGAUCAAGAUGGACCCUCUAGUCUUUCGGGAUCGUCAGCUUAUCAAAGCACCGGUUUUGCCACUGGGCCCUUUAAUGAGCGAACGACGAGGGUGCGUGAUACUUUAUUGGGAGUGUCACAGUAUAUCAACAUGAGCGGUUGGGAAGGGACUUGGUUCGACUCGGGCGAAGUAGAGACCUAUUUGGCACAAAACGGGAUCGUCAUUCCGACAGCAGCUGAUUUACAUCCCGUUGAGGUCCCACCAAGCGCGUUUUCUGACGUCCAGGAACCUCAGAUUCAGCUGAUGCAGACCAUACCCCCCAACGCUACGCAUAUGCCGCAUGAAAACCAGUCAUUCGCUUCUGGUGUAUCUGACAAUAGCUCGCCACCUACGGGAGUUCCUACCUUUUCGGCAGCGGUAAAUGUCCCUAGUACCGUAGGAACACCUACAACCCAAGGUGAUGCUUGGCCUCAUGUUUCUGUCACGUCAAGCCUUUAUGGGACCUCACAGCUUUCAGAUGGAAGCAUUCCAGCUUUCGCUGGCCUUGAUAACAUGGCCAAUGUCUUUCCGAACACUCAGUCUUACAUCUACCCACACCACGAGCCGGUAGCUCCCAUACCACCUCCAGCCCCGAAGAGAGUUAUCCUGGAUGUAAAUAAAUUUAUAUCAGACAUGAUAUCACAUGCCACUUGUCUCGGACGUGCUCCCGCUUUCAGGCCGAAAGAUAUUGCGAACUCGUUUUGGGGUGCUGUGAUAUCUGAUUGAUGUGUAUCAUGCGCAAAUUUUCUGCUAUUUAUACGCGUACGCGAUUUUGAUUAAGGAGAAUACCCGGUAUAUAAGAAGCGUUCUGUUCAUUUACCUACCUAUUUUAUUCAUACAUAGGUACCUAGGUAUAUAUCACGGUUAUAUGGGCGGCCAUUUGC